UUGUCAAUGAAUUAUCUGUAUUCUUGUUACUUUCUGCCUCUAAUUUGUGUCCACUGUUUUACAAAUUACAAAUUAGAACUCCGUGUUAUUUCUUGCCGCAGCAAAUAUUCAAUUUUAACCCGAACAUCUCCACGAAUAGAAUAUGGAAAACAUUGACGAGGAACACCACGCGAUGCGAGCAGCCCUACAAAAUCCGAUUAUUCUUGAAAAAAUAUUACAAAAUGGAUCCGUCCACGGAAAAACGGCCCGUCUGGUUUCUCACUUUUGGAAUAAAAUCAUCUUACUGUCCAUGCCUCACCCCAAGUUGACCCUUCGCCUCGACCCCUGGGGGAAUCAUGCCUGCAAUCCCAUCCCCUUUCAGCAAUUUUGUCUCACCAUGGAACCCCGACUGGCCAGAAGUAUAACUCAUCUUGACCUUACAGGUGAAUGUGACGACCACUCAGCGGCUCAACACCUUUCCUCCGCGGAGUCAAAAUUGCUCCAGAUUUCCGGUCAGUUUGGUCACUUUAUAGAAGACCUUUGGGUAGACUGCGACCAUGCCGACUUUAUCCCGACAACGUUGUACAAAAUAGUGCAAAAUUGCUUGCCAAAUUUGAAAAGGCUUAGAGUCAACUUUGUCGAAUCGCUCGAAAAUGCUGAUGAAGAAUCUAAUAUCAAUGUCGACUUUUACCCGUGUACUUUGCAUAAAUUGAUAUCCCUCAGAAUCGAAGACGUCACCAACCACCCGGGUGCCCUUAAGAUGACACAAUGGCUCCUUAAUUCUGCCCCAAACCUGACCUAUUACUUUUCCGAUGGCAACCAGCUUCCCGACUUUGGUCGGAACGGGUCCCUCAAACGGGUCGAAUUGAAUGUUUCAUUAAUCGAAGUAUCGGAUCUCCAAAGUGCAAAUUUCCUUCGUAAACUUAACAAAAUCUUGGAUCAGGUGAAGGAUACCGUGGAAUUAUUCUACUUGCGGGUUGGGCGGGAGCUUCCGUACCAGUUCGAGACUGGAAUUGGUCCGAGGGAUUUGCACAUCCCGAGAAUGAAAAAGCUUAAAGAAUUUGAAAACUCUGCACUUAAUUUGUUCAGCUGUGGGGAUAAGUUGCAAAAUAUUGGCACAGCAAGGAUGCCAAAUUUGCAAAGUUUAUGGCUUUCUGCAUGUACCAGUGAUACAACUUUGUGUGAUUUAUUACGAAAUGUUAUGAAGGAGAAGGAUUUAUUUAAGGAAGUAGAAAACCUACAUGUCGAGAAUCUUCACCCAGUCGAAGUAAUUGCUGGAUUAAAGACGCCAUUCCCAAAGUUGGAAAAUUUCUCAAUUUACCAUGAUGAUAUGUAUUCAUGUCUAUUUUCCAAAGUGCAAUCUUAUCUGGAAGCGUUUGCUGCGCUGGGAUUAAAAUACUUGGAGAUUAAGGUGCUAGUAUAUGUUAAUAAGGACAAUUUCUCGCGCUUUAUCCAAGGUUUUUCAAAUUUCGGGAAAUUGUUGUCGAGUCUCAGAGGUUUUAAAAUACGAUUUAACGAGAAGCGAAAUGACUUUUCCGAAGACUUGGAUCUGAUCGAAGAUCGGAUGGCGCAGAUGAAGCAGUGGCUCUUGCAAAUGAAGGGAGUGGACGAUGUGUAUAUUUCGGGAAUUCGAUUUACCAGAGAAACAUGGGAAUGGAUGGAAAUCUUCAUUCAAGAGAAUAAGAUUCCAAUCGUGUUCAAGGAAAAGUGAAGCAUUUUCAAGGAAUAAAUUUGCAUUAUUUUCAGUCAGGUUAAAGACAAUAAUGUUUCCGC